GCAUAACUCCGCCUGCACUUGCUAUCGAUAUCUCUCGAGAUAGGUCUUCGAGAGUACAAAAAAUCUACAUGAAUUUUCCCAUUGGCCGCCAUUGGCCGAGAGGGAGAUAGGCUCGUCCGAUAGCUUGAUGGAAUACGUGCAGAUACUUGAAAUGCAACUGAUAGCCGACCAGAGCUCCUCUUCGUGAUCUCCUUCCAUCACGCCCUACUGCACCCUUUUCCUCAGCUACUUUGUCUCUGAUAGCUGGUAUAGCGCGAUCUUAUACUUCUUAUCAAGACCCUUGACACCUGGCUACCCCAACGACCGCACUUUCUCACCAAAUCCGUCGUGGAGACCCCUUAUCCGGCGCCCACUUCCGACAAUCCAUCUCCAAAUGACGAAUACCCCAAACAUGGCAUCCACUUCCGGGAAAAUCCGAGUCCUUGUCGUCAACCCCAAUGCCAGCAAAUUCAUGACCGACAAAUGCAUUGAUAUGGUCAAACCGACAUUGGCACCAGAUGUCGAAGUGAUUGGCUUCACAAGCCCGGAGCCCGCGCCAACUGCCGUCGAGGGCAACUUCGACGGCGUGAUGUCUGCAGCUGCGGCGAUGCGUGCAUUGAUCCCUAUCGCUCAUGAAUAUGACGCCUUUCUGGUAGCGUGCUACAGCGAUCACGCUUUGAUACGUAUGUUGCGAGAGGAAUUUGACCAGCCAUCUAUCGGUAUCAUGGAGGCUUCUCUCUUUGCCGCUCGCACUUUGGGAAAUCGAUUCGGAUUGAUUGCUACCAGCAAGAGAUCAAAAGCUAUGCAUGAAGACAGUAUCCGACACUAUGGCUUUGAUGGCUUCUGUUCUGGUGUUGGUAGCUGCAAUCUGGGUGUCCUUGACUUUGAUCUCAAGAGUGAGGAAGAGGUGCUGGGUAUCAUGUGUGGAGUCGCAAAAGAACUGGUUGCACAAGGAGCUGAUUGCUUGACGCUUGGUUGUGCUGGCAUGACCAAGCUCAAGAAGGCUGUCGAGGACGCUGUUGGGGAGGACGUACAGGUCAUUGAUGGUGUUCUUGCCGGUGUGCAGCAUCUCUCUGGUCUCGUUCGUAUGGGUGGUCGCACUGCGAAGUCAGGCAUGUAUGCGUCAUCCUCAAAAGGAAGGAAGAAUAGAGGUCAAUCGUACUACUGAAAAUACUUUGCACCGAACUCCCUUUCGCCUGCAAGGCUUCCAACCUGGCUGCAAAAAGGCAAGAUGCAUUUGAUAGAUGGGUAUCUGUCCUUUGAGAGCGAAGCUUCUUCCUGCUCUCUUUGGACAACCACAUUGGAACCAAAAAUAUCGUGCCUUUUCACCGCUGUUUUAUAAGGUGCCUUGGUAGGCUAAGAGCUCGAUUAGGUAUCCCCCAAACAU